GCUUCCGCCGCCGCCGCCACCGCCGCCGCCGCCGUCGCCGCCGCAGCCGCCAGCCGCCAGCCGCUGCGCGUUCGGCGGGGGAGGAGUCGGAGGCGGAGAAGAAGGCGGUGGUGGCGGGUGGAGGUUCGAGCGCUGUUCUCGCUCCGGAGCCGCUGCACAUUUCGGAAUCUUCUGCGGCUUAUCCAUAGUUUGAAUAAAAACUAAAUCACCUCUAUAGUUCUACUGAACUGGUCACACAGACACUGCCAUAUAUGUCCCUGUACACUGAAAAGGAGUCAGCAGCAAUGGACCAGGAAUCUGGUAAGGCUGCUUGGCCCAAACCAGCAGGAGGAUAUCAGACAAUUACAGGCAGGAGAUAUGGAAGAAGACAUGCAUAUGUCAGUUUUAAACCGUGUAUGACCAGGCAUGAAAGAAGCUUAGGUCGGGCUGGUGAUGACUAUGAAGUGUUGGAACUAGAUGAUGUUCCAAAGGAAAAUUCCUCAGGUUCCAAUCCUUUGGAUCAAGUUGAUUCGUCUUUACCCAAUGAACCUAUAUUUGAAAAAAGUGAAACAGAAAUUCCCACUUGUGGUUCAGCAUUGAAUCAAACCAUUGAGAGCAGUCAGUCCUUUGCUGCAUUACAUCAUAGUGAGGAAGGCAGGGGUACCUUAGGAAGCAGUACGAAUCUUCAUAAUCACUCUGAGGGAGAGUAUACUUCAGGAGCUUGUAAUGCUUCAAGUGUCCAAAACGGAAUUGCAUUGGUUCGUACAGACUCUUACGAUCCAGAUGGCAGACAUGGAGAAGAUAAUGACCAUCUUCAACUUUCUGCAGAAGUCGUAGAAGGUAGUAGAUAUCAGGAAUCAUUAGUCAAUACAACAUUUGAGUUGGAAAACAGAGAGGCAGAGGCAUACACUGGUCUUUCACCACCAGUUCCCUCAUUUAACUGUGAAGUAAGAGAUGAGUUUGAAGAGUUAGAUUCUGUACCUUUAGUGAAAAGUUCUGCUGGUGAUACUGAGUUUGUCCCUCAGAACAGCCAGGAAAUUCAGAGAUCUUCUCAAGAUGAAGUGGUUAGAAAGAAACAGCAAAAUAAUACUAGCCAGGAAAGACAGACAGAAAAUUCACCUGAAGAUGCAGGCUGUGGUCCAGGGCAUAUCUGUAGUGAACAGAAUACCAAUGAUAGGGAAAAGAACCAUGGAAGUUCUCCUGAACAGGUAGUGAGGCCAAAAGUUAGAAAACUGAUAAGUGCAAGCCAGGUGGACCAAGAAACAGGUUUUAAUAGGCAUGAGGCAAAACAAAGAAGUGUUCAAAGAUGGAGGGAGGCUUUGGAAGUUGAGGAAAGUGGCCCAGAUGACCUCUUAAUAAAAUGUGAAGAAUAUGAUGGAGAGCAUGACUGUAUGUUCUUGGAUCCACCAUACUCAAGAGUUAUUAUUACACCAAGGGAAACAGAAAAUAACCAAAUAACACCAGAAAGUGGAGCCACGGCAGGAAGGCAAGAAGUGGGUAACACCUUUUGGAAUGGCUGUGGAGAUUAUUACCAACUCUAUGACAAAGAUGAAGAUAGUUCUGAAUGCAGUGAUGGGGAAUGGUCUGCUUCUUUGCCUCAUCGAUUUUCUGGUACAGAAAAAGAUCAAUCCUCAAGUGAUGAAAGCUGGGAGACUCUGCCAGGAAAAGAUGAGAAUGAACCUGAGCUACACAGUGAUAGCAGUGGCCCUGAAGAAGAAAACCAAGAAUUAUCUCUUCAGGAAGGGGAACAGACAUCCUUGGAGGAGGGAGAAAUUCCUUGGUUACAGUACAAUGAAGUCAAUGAAAGCAGCAGUGAUGAGGGAAAUGAACCUGCCAAUGAAUUUGCACAGCCAGCUUUCAUGUUGGAUGGUAACAAUAACCUGGAGGAUGACUCCAGCGUGAGUGAAGACUUAGAUGUGGAUUGGAGCCUAUUUGAUGGCUUUGCAGAUGGACUAGGAGUUGCUGAAGCUAUUUCAUAUGUGGAUCCUCAGUUCCUUACCUACAUGGCACUAGAAGAACGCUUAGCCCAGGCUAUGGAGACUGCCCUGGCACAUUUAGAGUCUCUUGCAGUGGAUGUUGAGGUGGCCAAUCCACCAGCCAGUAAGGAAAGCAUUGAUGGUCUUCCAGAGACCCUUGUUCUUGAAGAUCACACUGCUAUUGGUCAGGAACAAUGCUGUCCAAUCUGUUGCAGUGAGUAUAUUAAGGAUGAUAUAGCAACAGAGUUGCCCUGUCACCAUUUCUUUCACAAACCUUGUGUCUCAAUUUGGUUACAAAAGUCGGGAACAUGCCCUGUGUGCCGCCGUCAUUUCCCACCUGCAGUUAUUGAAGCGUCUGCAGCUGCUUCCUCCGAGCCUGAUCCUGAUGCCCCACCUUCAAAUGACAGUACUGCAGAAGCACCCUAAACCUUAACAGUUGAAAUGAGAUCAGUCUAUCGAAGUAAAUCUGCAAAUUCCUUCUAAAUCUCAUGUGCAAAUAAUUAUAUAUAAAUAUAUUUAAAAAUGCUAUAUAUAGUAUAUGCCGUAGUUUAGAAAGAGAAUAUUAACCUUUCUAAACUAAAUUUAGGUUUGCAGAAAGUAUUAAACAUUUUCAAGCUGAAUGUUGAGACAGUGCAUCCAUUUUCUUUAGUUGAAUAUGUUUGUAUUAAUUGUAAGGUCAAGCUUAUCAGUUGACUCUCUCCAGAAAAAAAUAAUCAUCCUGUGUGGCAUACAUUAUUGGCUUUAUCUAAAAUACUGCCACUAAGUGAUUAUAAUUAAACUCUCCUGUUUGCAUCACAUGUAAAGACUGUGUUCACAACAGUAGUAAAAUUUGGUUUCAUUGGAAAUAAAUUCUAAAGUAUGCUUUUUCACUAGUCCCUUUUGGUUUUGCAUAACCUCUUGGUUCAUAAUGCUGAGAAAUUUUUCAGAAAGUCCAUUUUUGACUUUUCACAAUGUGAAAUGAAGGCUAAAAUUUUGGCCAGAACAUCACAAAAGUUUUAAAUCUUAGAUGUAACAUCCCCCCAACCCCCCCUCCCCAAAAUAAAGUUAGGUAGUAAAAUCCUUAAUGAAACCAGUGGAUGUGCUUAAUGUAAGGUUAGUAAAGCAUACUAAGAAUCUGGUGUGCUCAAUGCUUGGUACAAAUGAGCUGAAUUAGAUGGCCUUAUUAAACCCUUUCUAACCUCUUACCCAACCUGUUUCUUGGUUACAAUUAUACUUGAAGGCCCAGAACACUCAUGGAAUGUUUGUUAAAUAUUGGAUAUCGUUAGUUUAAGGUAAUUUUGCAUCUACAAUAUUUUGGAAGGUCUGAAAACUUGCACGGGGUCAUCUUCGUAAUUACGUAACCCCAAACUAAGAUGCACAGUGUCUCCUUUAGGUGAUUACACACAGUAGACAAGUAUGUGCAAACAUGGACAUAAUAGUUCACUUACAAAUGUGAUUUGAUGUUAACACUAGAGAAUGGUGACUGUUAGAAUAUCACAUUUGAGCAAGUAAAAUAGUAAAGCACAUAGUGAAUGUAUGUCCAUCUAAUUGGUCCAUUGAGAAUUUAGUUUGGGCACAUAAAAGGAAUAUUUAUAUGGCCUCCCAAAUGCAGAGUUAUGUCUUAUUUGUGUAAUUCCUCUGAGUAUUUAUAUCCCGUCUCUUUUUUUCAUUCUUAAAAAUAAAUGAAUUUUCACUGUUGGCACAUUUGAGGCUUAAAUAUAAGGAACAUAACACUUGCAUUCUAAUUUUUGCAUAUAUUGUAAAUGUGUCUGGUAUUUACAGCAAAAUACUGUGUAUCCUUUUAUGGGUAAAACAAAAGUGAACAUUGCAUGCAUGUAAUGUGAUGAAUUUGUAAUUUAGGAGUUCUUUGGAGCUUCUGUGACUUUGGAAAUGCUUACAUUCAGGCCUUAAUGUUGCAUUAGCUAGCAUGUUUUUCCUCUGAUGUAUAUAGUCACUGUUGUAUAAACUAAUCUUUGCUUGUUUUUUACUCUGUGAUCUUUCCAUGCCAUCUUUCAUUAAUAAUCAGUUAGUGUCAAGGAGUCAAAUCAGAUUAAAAUUAAUUUCAUGUGUAUAUUGUGGAAAUUUGUGGCUAGUGUGAUUUUUGUUUGUUUCCUUUUAAGUACUGUUGAUGAGUUGUGACACUUACUGGUUAAACUUACGUUGCUAAAGAUUUCUCUGUAAUAAGCCACACAUUAUAUUUAGGCUGUAUUAAGGGACCUUGGUUUUCUUCUAGAUAGCAGCUGUCUCAAAGAAAAUAUUUCUUCUUUUCCUGUUAAGAUUUAGCUGUUAUCUGCCAGUUGUUAAGAGGUUCUGGUUCCAAACUCAACCAGCAAUGUUGAGAGCUGAACUUAAGAUAGCUGUUGUACUUUUUGCUUUCCAUCUGUUACUGUCCUUCAUUCUUGGCUCCCUACUAUCUAUAAACAGCUGCUGUGAAGGAGAAAAAUUGAAUAAGAGUUGGCUUAAAUUUUAAAAAGGAAAAAGAAAAUUGAGGUUGUACGAUUUUCAUGGUAACAAGAGCUGAUAUAAGCUAAGGCUGACAAGUUCAGAUACCAGAAUAUUAUUUGGUCAUAUCUUAGAUCUUUUUGAAAAAGUUAAGACUAUAUGAAGGUAAAUUAGAAGUAUGAAUAUUAAUAAAAUAUCAUUUAUCUUAUUUCUCUAUGUUGUGACUUAACCUAAUUUUAUUUUUUUAACAUUUUCUUAUUUCUUGUAAUAUGAAUGCUGAUAUUUAAAAGUAGAUCUAUGUGGUUUUCUUUUGUGUUUCUUAAUUGUUUAUUUCUAACUCUUAAGAUUAUUUGUGAUCUGGAUUUAUGUAUUUGUUUAGAUAUAUAUGAAUUGUUAAGAUGGAAUGCAAGUUUUUCAAAAGCCCAGGUCUAAAUGUAAUGGUUGGUUUAUUGUUCUACAACCCCAGCCCAUCAUUUUCUGUGUAAAUCAUAAACAAUAAACAAGAUAUACUCGGUGGUCAUUUCUAAUA